AUCCAACCCACAAACGAUGCAUACAAACCCCCCGCAAUCCCCGCUCUACAACCCAACGGCUUCGUACGAUGGCAAACAAUCCAAUUGCUGUUAGACCCGGACGAACAUUGCCGAUACCUUCAGAAUGCGGUCGAGCUUUGGGAUAUUGAAAAUCCUAGCGGCGGCACAUUUCCGAAGACGAUUCCCCGCGAAGCCUUCCCCGAAUCGCCAGACCCAGAAAUGGUGGAGUGGCACGAGACAGUCAGCCGACGGUUUGAGAUGGACUAUGUGAAGAAGAACAUUCUCCGUGCAUCGCCUCCGAGUUUUGGUACCUACCACUCUCAAUUCAGUAACCACCAUAAGGACGAGGCUCCGUCCCCCAAGGAGAAAAGAGCGUUUCCCAGUCGCCGUAAGACAACUGCGCAGCGUGCCAAUGUCGCUCCGGAAGAACCAGCACCUUCGAGCCGUCAUCAAAGGCGCCGCAGCGGGGAGGUUCCCACCUCAUCGACGCGUCGAGUACAAUCCACCUAUUUCAGUCCACCGCCACCUCCCCCAGAAUUCGCGUCGCCCUCACCUCGGGCGCCCUCGCCACCAAUGUGGGCUAAGUCAUCUCCGAAGGCCCGAGGACGAGAACGCGGGCCCACCUUCUCACGCCCAGUCAGCCCAACUACUGUGCCGGGUCAUAGCCCCUCAGAUGCCUCGUCAGAGGAUUCAAUAGCUGCAGCACAAGAAGCGGCCAACCGUUAUAACAACCGUCAUCUGCGUCCCUCGCAUUCACACAGCUCCCGUACCCGUCGGCAUUCACAUGAGGCGUAUGCACGGAAACCCCCGCGUGAUCUCUCUCCUGAAGCGCAGCGACGGACCUAUACCCACCGCGACACGUUGAACUCUCACUCAGGGCGACCAUAUGACUCCGAUGGGGGUCGCAGAACCCGCCCGGCACGUGCAUACGCCGAAGAGCCAAUCAUGCAUCCCCGGACCCCGGGCCCUGUCUUCUACGAGACUGCCUUCAACGACCCUCCCGUCAUGCCGAUCAACCAAGAACUACCUCGAUAUUCCCAUCCUCAUUCUCAUGCACAUCCACCACCACCACCACCACCUCGUUAUAUGAACAUGAACGGUACUCACCCGUACGUCGGACGUGCCCACCCUGACAGUGACAUGCGCGUCCCUGUCGACGAGGCUCGUCGAAGCUACCGAGCGUCCAAUGCAAAUUCAGGAUACCCUAACCCCGGUGUCUCCGACCACACGGCGCGAUAUUCUGGGAGAGAUGACGGAGGCGCAUACCGGUCACCGAGAUGGGCCAACCCUGUUCCACCGCCCACGAGGGGCAUUCCAGUGGGUAUGCCAGACAUGGAAUACCCUGUUCGAUCGAGACGGUCUAUGUAUGAUCGAUAA